AUGGCACAAUCCGAGACGCAAUUGGAGGACGCUCGGCCGGAGCACGAUGCUGGGAGCAACUCUGGUUCCGUCCUAUCGCCCCCGCCCCCGCCCAAUCCGGCCGCUGAUCCGAAGCUGCAAGACCUAACGAGCGUCGAAUCCGACAAAAGUUCGCCGCGUCUCGCAGCUGAAGUCUACGACAUAUUUGAUCUCCCAGCAUUAACAGCGCUCAAAGCCCUUAGUGCCGGCAUUGAGGUUCUGGUCAACACGACGGGGGACAUUCCGCCAACCCCGCCCCUUAAAAGUCCUGCAAUACCACACAUGAGGGGCAUGGAGGCAGAGAAGAGGAGCAUUGUGCGGUCCAACUCAGAAAAGAGCCUCGCCCGGCUGGCCCAGGGAAGCGGCUCAAGCACACCACGACCGGCACGCUCCCCGCUUCAGAAUCCACAGACCGUCCCUCAGCCGGCGCAGGACCCGCCGGCCCAUGCGUCUCAGGAUCAGUCGGAGCCCAUCGACGGCGUACAGUUGCGAACCAAGCCGCAGCCGCAGGCACCGCCUGCUACCGAGCCCGAGUCACAACCCCCACUAGCGCCGUACAUCAUUGUCGGCGAGGACUCCCAGGCGCUCAAUCUCCAGCACAGCGCCAUCGUCCGCAAGUUCUACUGCCGACGGCCGCCGCCCAUCUCCAUCACAGACUACCUGCUCCGUAUCCACCAGUACUGCCCCAUGUCGACGGGCGUGUACCUGGCCACGUCGCUGUACAUACAUCGCCUGGCGGUUCUUGAGCAGGCCAUCGUCGUGACGAGGCGAAACGCCCACCGGUUACUCCUCGGCGGCCUCCGGGUUGCCAUGAAGGCGCUGGAGGACCACUACUACAAGCAAAGUAGGAUUUCUUUGGUCGGUGGAGUCAGCGAGAAGGAGUUGAGUCGGUUGGAGGUCAGCUUUUGUUUCCUGACAGGUUUCGAGCUCGCCGUGACGGCAGGCGUGUUGAGCCGUCACUGGGAAAUGGUCCGCAAGGGGACGGCGUGCUGGGAUGUACUGGACGACGCGACACAGGAGAUGAUCAGCUUCCAUUUAGGGAAGCCGCCUGGCAUGAGCACUAACGAGCAGUCUGCGAGGGGCGAUUUCAGGUAA